CAUUGGCUAAAACUUGUGAAAGGUAAAGGUGGAAUUUCUUUUCCUCAAAUAUCUGUUGAGAUUUUCAUAGUUUUGCAGCUUUCGGAAUUUAAUUUAGAAUUCAAGAAUUUACCGUUUCCGUAUCGUUUGAUCAGUUUCAGAGACAGGAAAUCAGAAGAUUCACAUGGGACAUGGGAGCUGACGGAAUGGAAGAAGAAGAACCACAACGUUCUUUGCCCCACCCCCAAAACAACCCUCAAAUUCAGGUGACACGUGCUGAAAGUAUAGAGAACUCUCAGAGUGAUACAGAGGAGAGUAACGAGGAGAGAAUUCGACUGAGUCAGCAGUCUUCUGAGCGCAGAGGAUCUGUCCCCACUGGGCUAGUUGAGCAUCACCUCAACCCCCAAGCGCAUUCUAUAUGUGGACAAAUUCUGAGAGUGAUGGGGGAUGAACAUUACUCUAAAGGUUUAGGUAAACAUUUAAGGUACAUGGGAGAUGAAAUGUGUUAUUCGUAUUUUCUAAGGAACAGAUACUACUCUUCCCAGCAGAACUCUUCCCCUGGCCUUACAAGUAGCCAUUCCCUUCCAGAUUUAAGAAGAGAGUACGGACCUGAGCAAUAAGACUGAAUCCUUUUAUUCUUAGGAGACAGGCAUUUAUAGUUGUUGUGAUAUUCCUGCAGUCAGAGUUCAACGAGACAGUGAAAUACCAUCAUAUAGACAGAUAAAUUGACUCUCGAAUUGGUUGUAAGAGCAAAUAUUUGUAUCAUGUUCUGAGGUUGAGUACCUGGAAGGCAUAUAUACUGCCGCCCUGCUGUGAAAUGAAUAAAACUAAAGAAGUUUUUACUGUAUGCAAGGAAGUAGUUUGGAUUUUGAUGAUGACCCACUUUUGAUAGGACAGUGUUGUACACCUAGGUGAAUAGUUCUGAGGUUGUUGGUACAUUAAAUGAUGUCAUUUUC